AUGGUUGGAAUGAAACCAAGAGUUGAACAGGCAACAACUGCAAACGAGAAGAGCAAACCCUUUGAGACGGUUUCUACGAUAACGACGGAAACCAGGAAGGAAAUGGGAGAAGCCUCGCAAGUAGCAGCAGUUAGCCCAGACGAACGAACUAAGAAAACAAGAACAACCUCGGUGGAGCUGGGGGAAUUGAUGACAAAGUUGAAUGAGAUAGACAAAAAGUUGAAGUGCAGUGAAGAGGACCGCCAAGAAUUAAAGAAGGAAAAAACACACAACAAGAACGAGAACCAGGAUAACUACUACUGCUUGGCAAGGGCCACGGAGGAUAAGCUACAGCAGAUGUCGGACAAAGUAGAGACUACUGACAAAGAGCGAGAGAAACAUAUCAAAAAAGAUAUGGAAGAAAUAAAGAAACGGUACGACACUGUGAAUGACAAAUUGUGGAACCUUGAGACCAGAAUGGAUACAUUGAGCAAGGACCAAGCGGAAAGGUCUUGUGCCAUACAGUCCAAACUGGAUGCUCUCUUGAGAAACUCUAUAGCACAGGAUAAACUGGCAACAGACAAAACACAAGGCACCAGAGUCGACUUUAUAGAACCACAGCGGAAUAAAAGGGAGUCUACACCGUUACCCCGAAGUGCAGCGAGUAUAGGGACAGGGGGUCCAAGACCAUCAUGA